UCCGUUGUAAUAGCGAAACGUGAUCUCGUUUGAUGGACAAAUCAGAGUGAGUUGAAAUUGAGAGUCUGUGACGGUACAUAUCACAGAUAAGGUCAUUCGGGUGUCUUUAAGAAGUUAUUGGCUAUUAAAAUUAACAAAUUUAUACAUUAUUUCUUGAUAAAUUUUUAAACAACUUAUUAAAUAAAAAUGUUGCCACGUCUUUUAAGACCUACUGGUUUAAUUGCUCAACAAGGAGCUAAACAAUUGUCAACCAGUACUCAGAGAAAUGCCAAAGUUGCUGUUAUGGGAGCCAGUGGUGGUAUCGGUCAACCACUGUCGCUUCUUCUUAAACAAUCACCUCUCGUAACUGAGCUAUCACUUUAUGAUAUUGUUAAUACUCCUGGAGUUGCUGCUGAUUUAUCUCACAUUGAUACUCAUUCCAAAGUCAAGGGAUACACCGGUCCUGAACAAUUGAAGGACUCAUUGAGAGGUGUUCAAGUGGUUAUUAUUCCUGCUGGUGUUCCACGUAAACCAGGAAUGACACGUGAUGAUCUCUUUAACACCAAUGCUUCGAUAGUACGAGAUCUAGCUCAGACUAUUGCUGAAGUAGCACCAAAAGCAUUUGUUGCGAUUAUUUCAAAUCCUGUAAAUAGUACGGUGCCGAUCGCUAGUGAAGUUCUUCAAAAAGCUGGUGUAUAUGAUCCCAAUAGAGUAUUUGGUGUUACUACCCUUGAUAUUGUUAGGUCAAAUGCUUUCAUUGGCGAAGCCAAGGGUUUGGAUCCCCAAAAAGUUUCUGUACCAGUAAUCGGUGGCCACAGUGGUAUUACUAUUAUUCCUGUUAUUUCACAAGCUAAACCAAGUGUGUCAUUCCCAGAUGAUCAGCUUAAAGCUCUUACUGAAAGGAUCCAAGAAGCUGGUACAGAAGUUGUCAAAGCUAAAGCGGGUACUGGUUCUGCCACACUUUCGAUGGCUUAUGCUGGUGCACGGUUUGGAUUUUCAUUGAUCAAAGCACUUAAUGGUGAACAGAAUAUCGUUGAAUGUGCAUAUGUCAGAUCUAAUGUAACUGAAGCUAAAUAUUUCUCCACUCCUGUUCUACUUGGUAAAAAUGGAGUUGAGAAGAAUCUUGGAUUGGGUAAAUUGAGUGCUUUUGAAGAAAAACUACUUCAAGCAGCAAUUCCAGAGCUUAAGAAGAAUAUACAAAAAGGAGAAGACUUUGUAAAUAAAAAGUAAAAAGCUACUCUAUAGCUGUAUGAAAAUAAUAGAAAAAUGAUCAUUUCAAAA